AUGACACAUCACCUGGCUGCGUAUGUCUUUCAGCUUACGGGCACAAAGUCGAAGCCUAGCGAGAUAGAUGCGACUGUACUUGCGCGCCACGAGUCACCUGGGUUUUCGCUUGUGUCUUAUCGGCGCUCAGGCAGCAAUUCUCGAGACGCUGGGUGUGACUUGCCGGCAAUCGGUGUGGCAAAUAGCAACAAGUUUGCAACCGUCGAGAUUAAUACGCCUACUGUAUUUUCAUCAGAUGAUUUGAAAAGGGAUUUGGCUGGUCGGCUGACUUUCAAACCGUCGUAUGAGAAGAUGAAUACCAAUAAUGCGGACACAGACCACAGGCAAUUCCAAUUUUCACGUAAUCAUAAGCGCUUGAAACACGAAGAAAAACAGCAGCACAAGAUGCAGCCCGAAGCUAAAGGAAACUCGGAUUCUUCAUUUUUCGAGACGACCAAAGACACUUAUUCAUGGCAGCAUGGUACCCAAGCCAGAAAUUGUCGAUUUCGAGAAAAAGGCCAGCAUUUACUCAUUCUAUGGAGCUUCUUUCAAAGUCUGUCACUGAGCGACCUCAACAUUUCGUUAAAGUUGAAAAGUGAACAUAUAUGCUCCCAUUGGUUAAGGGCAGCAGCUAUCCGACGAUCGCCAUCGCCAAGCUCGAGCCAUCAGCUCAAGGCUAUCGUGGCAUCUUUCCUGAAUGGAAUUUUUGAACAAGCCUAUGCUCAACCUGGCAUCAAGUCGACAACGAUUUUGCCUUUUACUAGAGAAAGUAGUACUAUUCAAGUGACCGCGCUUCUAUUUCUACGGACACUGUCGUCUCAAUCUGUUCACCGUCUUUUGCAUUCCUCAUGUUCAUUCGACAACGCUGAGUUAAGCAAAUCAGAGCUCCAAAUUCGAUUUGUCCUGCUGAUUUCGGAUUUAUACGAUGCCGUCGGCGUCGCAUUGCAAGAAGUGAGUGCACCGAUGGCUGGCUUGACGCGACGGCAUCAGAUUCCUUUGCUGCCGGCGUUAGUUGACGAUGUGCUAUCACUUGUGUAUAGUCGACCGCGUUUGCGCCAACUUCGAUCUCGAAUUUCGGCACUCCUUCUUGUCCAGCAAACAUCGUUGUCCGAGGGUCUGAGCGGUGUGUUUCAGACGUUUACAGCUUUGGUGCGAGAGAGACUGAUCGUGUCUGCUACUCGAUACAGGAUAUCCACACAAUUCCAGUAUCCUAUUCCGAGAACCAGUAUACAGGAACUAUGGAAUCAGUGUUGGUUGCUGGAUCCUCGAUCGAUGAAUGUUGUCGACGUAUCAAGGAGUGGUUGUCGUCAUGAUAUGCGGCUAGUUGAUAUUGUACAGCUGUUGUUUGAGUUCGGUUGCGUGGAUGUCACCAUCACCGACAACUCAAUGUCGUUGCAAUCGGCCUUUUCGGUUUUAGGUGAUACAGCGGUUGCUCCAAUGACGUUAGUGCUGGACGGAAAAUUCCGUUUGUUUCGUGUUUUGCCCAGUGGCAUGUCAUCUAUGAUUGCAACAGCAGGGAGUUGGUCGAUUGGCGAUUACACGGCUAUGUUUUCAGGAGCAGAAAACUCAUUGAUAGUAAACCUCUUUAGCUUUGCUCAACAAGAGACGGGGGGGUUUGCCCAUCAUACCGUGGACCUUCCAGAUUUAAAAUCGUAUCUGUAUGCGGGUGUGAUACGCCUGCGACGAGUUUGCAUUUCGAUACGACUAGCGCAAAAGUUGAAUAACGACGGAGUCAACCCGACGCAUUUGUGUGCUGUCGUGCACGGAACCACCUAUAAUUCGGCAUACUCGUCACAAAGCCAACGGGUGGAUAUGCUCAGGUUUUCAGAGAGGACAGUUCUUGAACGGGCUGCGAUCUGGAACGAAGCCAAAUGGGAGCCAUUAUGCGAGUUCCAAGCGGAAUGUAUUCCAUUCCCAACCAAAAACAAACCCUCGCAGAGGGUUUGUUUUUUGGUUCGUCUUGAGAUGAUUUGUUUGUCCACGAUUCACUCAUUACAGCCAAGUAUAAAGAUCAAGACAUUUGAAAUUGACCGCUUGGUUUGA